GGUAUAUAUAUAUAUGCGGUAUGUCAACACAUGACUACAAGUUACGGCUGUUAUUGCGUGACUGAUAUAUGCGUGGGUUUUUUGGGUUUUUUUUUAAAUAUUGUACGGUCCGUUGCGAAUUCUUCGCCUUGCGUCCGGUGAAGGGCGGCAACGUGCACAGUGGGGUGCCUCGUGACGUCGUAAGUGUACUUGCGGCUCAUGCACCCCACCGCCACCCCUCUUUGUCUGGCCCGCCGGUCUCCGGCAUUGGUCGUGGUGUGUAGUUCAGCGCUUGGGAGGGGGACAUAUACCGUUGUCACCAGUUCGCAGCUGGUACUGCACGGUCCUGGUCCUGUCCUCCUUCUGGCUUAGUCUUGCGUGUUUGUGGUUUUUUUUUUUCAAGUUGUAAAGAUUGCGUGUAGGGGGAGGGGGCUGUUGAGAAAUCGCUUCCAGCUGUACCGAAGAAGCUUGAGGGCAACACCGGUACACUUAUCUGUCAAGCGCUUAUCUGCUAGCUGGUGUGAUUUCCUUAGCGGUGCCUGCGAUAAGUUGGUGUUUCACUCGGUAAGUGCCGUAGUUAUCAUCUGGAAAAUAUUGUUUUGAAAUAAGGAAGAAGACUGUGCGAGAUGUAGUCAGGACUGCUUAAAUCUCUUGUCUUGGGAGAGGAAAAAUUUUGAAGGCCAAUCAAUCAAAAGAUUAACCAAAGUAGAAACAAAAAUCGCAACAAGAGUCCGAUCGUUUCCGUGAAGCAAUCACAACAACUUAGGGCCAGAAAAGACUGCACUGUGAUUGAGCCUGCACGCGCACAGUUAACAUCACGAUUUGCUAGUAGAAAGCGGGUGUGGGUGGCGUGUAGCGGGGGUCGAGGAUCCGUAAAGGAGCUGUAGUAAGUCUCCGGAGAUGAUGGGAGUGUGGAGGGUGCUUGGUUGGAAGUACAGCAGUGGGAGGGGACCAGGUAGUAACGGCCGAUGUCAUUGGGCAAGACAAGAAGAAGGAGGCUGAGGGGGGAGAGAGAACGCCCGCAGUGACUGGAACUGUCGCGUGGUUGCCCGGGCCACGCGCGCGAUUUGCAAGUCAAAGCGCUAAGCAGCGGCAGAUGGCGAGAUAUGAAUGUACCCCCAUUGACUAGUACCCGGGAUAUAGUACAGGGAGUUCUCUCCCAGUGUCUCUUAUCUACCCUUGGUAGUUCGCGCGCGCGCGUGUGUGUGUGUGUGAGUGUUGUGUGUGUGUGUUGCACAAUAUAUUUCCUGCCCGGCGUCCCAGCAAAUCACUAACAAAAGCUUGGGAAGGCAACUCCCCCCCCAUACUCCCUCUCCUCCCCCUCCCCCGAUCAAUAAGCUCGCCGCGCGGCGUACACCCAACCCAACUCGCGCCGCUCCGGUCCGCGCGGUAUCGCUAGCAUGCUUUGUGGGGCGGCCCCCUCCCCUCUUACACGCUGUAUGCAAAAACAGGCCCAUGCCCUUUUCUGGUCGCUUGCAGUUUGAUUUCUAAGUAUGUUGAUAUGAUAUAGAUGAAAGGCUGGGCCGCGUCGCCAGCAUACAGUGUGUGGCGUUGCGUGGCAGGCACCGCAAGCAAGCAGGGCACGCUUGUUCAUUGUCCUCGUUUCGGUCAGACUACGUUCACACGGCUUGACAAUUGGAAGCGGUUCCAGACCCUUUUCGUGGCGUGACUCAAGCCUGCAGACCGCACACCUUCCUGAAACGAAUCAAGGCGUGCCACGCGAUAGACAGAAAGAUGGUGAGGAGUGACUGCACUUCACACUUAAGCUGUUCACGAUGAUGGAAGUGCACCAGCCUCUUAGUUGCUUGUCCCCAACCCAGCGUCUGUCCAGCCUGCCCAGUCACCAGCCACCCCCUUCCCUACACUCUCCACUGUCUCUGCCUGUGAGGAUUCCUGCCACACCUUCCCCCACUAGCACCAUGAUCAUCGAGGCUUCUCUGCACUCGUCUGUUUCCACGCCUCCAGAUUCUCCUCAGCAAGGGGAGACUGUGCCCAACACAGACAUGACUCAAAAGGAGUUUAUCCCGGAGGAUUUUCAGACAGAUGGAAGUCUGCCUGAAACACUGCCAAAAGAGCCCAUAGACAGUCGCACCUCGUGGAAUGCUAAUGGUCCUGUUGGUGGGGAUGUAAGAGACAGUUUUGACAUGUUCACACGUCAUGUGAUGAAUGCAAAAGGACUUAAUGGGGAUGGUUCACCAUCACCUGUUCCUCCACAGCUGAGUCCCAAAGAAAGAUCUUCUGUGAUUAGUGAGGGAGAAGAAAGCCAGAGGAGCAUCAACGAAUGCUACACACCACCAUCCAACCAUGCUUCUGAAGGCACAGACAGGCGGCCGUCCCGGCGGAAACAGACUUUGGAAGAUAUUGUUCGCAGGAUGAGGACAGUAGAGCCACCAGAGAACAUGUAUGAUACUGAUGAAGAGAUGGAUCAAGAGGAUUUGAUUCCCCUGGAUGAGGGUCAGCUGCCAGAAGAUGAGGUGGAUGGAGCACCCUUGGAGAUGCCUCGCUACUUCAGUCCGCAGACGUGUGCUGAGUCCGUCAUUAAACGCAGCAUGCAAGGCCACUACAGGGACUGUGAGGACAUGGAGGAGGAGGAGGAGAUCAUGGAGGAUAACAGCUCCCAUGAACCAGAGAACUUCCUACACAUCAACAAGAGUCAUGAUGAUAGCAGAAGUCUAAGUGGCAGUCCCGAACUUCUUCAUGAACCAAAAAUGCACCAUUCUUCACUGACCCAGGAAGGGACAUCUAGGAAUCCAAGCAACCUUGGUGAGGAUUUGGAGAGGAAGGGUGUGCUGGAUGGGCUUCCAAAACCAGGCAUGCCACCUCACCUGACCCCAUCACUGGGUGGUGGGCUUCACUGUUCACUACCUAUGUCCUCUAACAUCAGCGAGACAGCUUACUCCCCACAUCAUUAUUCAACCUCCAAGAUGAAUGGCUGGGGCUUUCCUGGGGGUCUUCCCCAUAUGUUCCCCUUUUCCCCUGCAGGCAUGCUGGACCAUCAUGGCCUGGGGCGAAAAUUCCUGCCCUUUGACAGCAAGAUGAUGCCUGAAGUGGACAAGGACUAUCUUAAGUGCAGCUACUGUGAACGUACCUUUCGCCGUCAGAAGAACCUGGAGAACCACAUUGAGAACACGCACCAAGGGAAAGGAUCCCAGCGGCCAAAACGAGAGAACGGGGACAUGUACUUCAAGUGCACACAUUGCCCCUACACCACCAAACAUCAGAGCAAUCUCUAUGUGCACCUCAGAAUUCACACAGGGGAGAGACCCUAUAUUUGUGGUGCUUGUGGGGUUCAGUACAGCCAAAGCCACAGUCUCAAGUCCCACAUCAUUAACAAGCAUGAUGGUAUUAUGUCCUACUACAUUAAAGAAAAGCGAAACCGCUCUCCUCGGGGCAUGGGCUAUAUGACCACACAGGUGGUCUCUUCUGCAGAAAGCAACAUUUUCAAACUUCCACCCCCUCCAGGCAUGCCCAGCCUGCAGCAGAGUAACAUGGAGCUGGUGGCUAAAGCUAUUGAGCUGGCCAAGAGUGCCAGCAGCAGUGACAUGCCUCACCCCCCUCCUCUUCUUCCUGCCCAUCCACAGCAUCAACUUCCACACCCAGGUCCACCACCAUCCCUUGCCUCUCCACUUAUGUCUCCGAAUGCUGCCAUAUCGACAGGCCCUCAUGGAGUCUUCUCAAAGCACAGUCCGCAGUUUCCUUUUAAUGGACAUUAUUUUGGGGCUAGUAUGCCGUAUGGAGAUCUCCCAGCUACACCAACUCCUGCCAUGAUCCCCUUGCCAAGUCCUGGUGGACAUCUGUCUAAUGGACAUAGUGCCAUCUCUCCAACAAGCAGUGGCAACAGCAAUAACAACAACAACAGAGGUGAGAUGGGGCUAAACUUGAGCGCAGGUCAAAUCACCCCGACCUCAGUCUCUGGAUUUUUGCCAAUGUCCAGUAUGGGUAGUUCUCUGUCACCCUCAGGGAAUUUGCAUUCAAGUCCCAACAAUAACAACAACAACAAUAAUAAUAACAACAGUAAUGCCAACAACAAUAACAGCAAGGCAUCAAGCACCCCAGACUGUGGCGCCAUUGACCUCAGCAAAAAAGCUCAAGAUAUGAGCUUACAAAGAGGGUCGUGCGAAGACAACCUGGAACACUCUACCUGUCGCAACUGCGGGCACGCAAACAAGCUGAAGCUGCUGCGGUUCAAUGUGGUUCGCAUGCUGAGCAUACUGGUCCCAAACCUAAAUUUUGAAGAGAAGGGAAUAAGUGCGGAUAGUGACUCUGUUGAUGAGCUGCUUCAGGAUGUCAUCGAGAGCAACACUCAUGACGACGACAUGCUUCUUUAGGCCAGAAGCUGCUGUUGGUGGAUUGAAGCUCCAAACAUUUUUUUAUUUUAUUUCCUGGGAAGGUCUGCUUUUAUUUUGGCUGGUUUACCAUGCAAUGCUUUCCCUUGUUCUUGUUUUUUUUUUUAUUUAUAUAUGUUUCUUGCCAGCAUGGUAUAGCAUGACAGUUGCAGUUUCUUGUUGUUGAAGCAAAUGAUGCUGCUGAUAAGAGAAGUAACUGCUGCAGACGACUGCUGUAGUCGUUGGGCACCAGCUUCUUACUAUGAUAGCAUUGAGGGGCAGGUGGUCCUGACUAAACCAACAUUCCAUGCUGCUGAAAAGAAUAGUGUUCACACAUUCUCCCCACUUGGUCACAUCUUGACUGUUUGGUGACUUGUUCAACAACAUUUGAGAGAAAAGAAUCAUAUCUGCAGCAUCUCAAGUUGACGACUAUGAUGACAUUCCUUUCUUUACGGAGAACUUCUUCAUGAUGAUGUUCAUAAUGAAAGACACACUUGACCCUGGCUUUAAUUUUACAACAUGUUGACAUUGGAUCUAUAUUUUGAAAUUCUGUAACAAAGCAGCAGGUCCAAGCAAUGUCUGGUUUUGUUUUAUUAUUUUCUUGUUGUUGUUGUUGUAGUAGUAGGCAGUAAUGACCAAAUGAGGUAUGCUGGCUGAGAUUAAGUACAAUAUUCAGAAAGUUGGUGAGAAUCUCUUCCCAUUUGUGUUCAGGGUGCUUUUACAUUUCCCACCCCAAUCCAUUGUGACCUCAUGUCAUGAAUGAUGAUGAGUCCGUACCGGGGGAUCUUGAAUCUAUGUGUUCCAAAAUGCCAUAUGGUUCCACAGAAGUGCAAUAAAUCUGUAAGCACUGCCUGUUAGCUGUAACCACAUAUCGUACUUAAUAUUGCAUAACCUUUCAUUUAUUUCUUCUUAUCCCAUUUCCUUCCAAAACUUCCUACAAGUUUUUUUCCUUUUCUCCUUUUGUUGUGUUAUUUUUUUCAUUGAAACAAACACACACACACACACACAAAUUUAUUUACAUUUGUUUGAAGGGUGUACUGCUGGCCAGGUCUGAAGUUCAGACUUGAUUUGUUGAGAUAAGAGAACUUGUAUGCAGUAUUUGUUAGCUUUUGGAGCAUUUCUUGUGAGACAAGAAGGGGAAAAAAAUCUUGGAAACACAAGAGCUACUUCUUUGCAAGUGACUAGGAGUUGCUGUAUACAUUCCUGAGUAAAUCAGAUGCAGUGAACAAUGGUGAUCCUGGCUUUACACUUGUUGGAGUAGAGCACCAGAGCAUGCAUGUGAAGUUCUUUAGUCUGGAUCCCACAGUUGUAACUUUUCGUUGAUGGUUUCAUUGCUGUUAAAACCCAUACAUGUCACUCAAGCUGAAACUUAACCCUGAUUUGGUUUUUUUGUGCUGGUCAUGAGUUGAAGUCUCAGAUGCCUGUAUUGAGCCCUUUGAAAUUCUUGUAUAUUUUUAUGGGGCUCAGUCCUGCAUGCAUUGAACAUGCCUGUGCAGUGUCAUCCAUUGUUUUGGUCUUUAUUAUCAUGGACUUGUAUGAUGUUAUUGCUUGAUGUAAUUUAGACAUUUGGAGAAAUCAUUUCCAAAAUGAUUUUUGUUAAAUUACAAUUAAAUGUGUAAUAUUUUAAUCAAACAUUAAGGGAGGUUAUUCUCAGCAACCCUUUGAACAUCUGCUUGCUUUUAAAAACUGCAUUUUCUUUAAGCAUAGUUGUAAAUGGCCAUCAGAGAAAGUUUAUUUCCUGCCUUUUGGCAAGAAAAGGACUUUCUUCAAUCUGUUUUUGGCCUUGGCUGACUGCUUUGCUGUUUGUGAUGUGACCGCAGAGUCUUUGCUGAGCUGAUGUCAGUGAGUCUCAGGACUAAAAAAAGAAAAAAAAAUGAAUGGUACAAUGACAUCCUGUUAGGCUUCUUUCAGCAUUGUAACAUGGGUGAACUUCAGCAAGUACUUUUGUGAUUUUGCCUGCAAGUCAAACCAAUCUGCUGUAUUUAUUUUAAAUGUUAAUGGUCAUUUACAGAUUCUCAUUGUGGGUGUACUGCCACUAGGUUUUUUUCUCCCCUUUUUUUCCAAUGUCUUCUGUCUCUUUCCUUCUUCCUGUUUAUUGCAGGAAAUAUAUCAUUUGACUGUUUUGGAACCAAACUAUACAACCAUUCCAGAAUAUUUGCAGCAGUUAUGUGAAAAUUUAUGUUCAAAUGUUAACCCAUACCAGAUGCUAAUAUACACCUUCCAAAAUUCCAGACCGUACAUAAAUACGCUCUCUCUGAGAAUGCAGGGCAUUUAAUUGAAUGUGCCCUUUUGGUUGUGAGCAGGUUAAUUCCCACUUUUAGCCAGGCCUUUGUACAGUAUCAUGAAUGUUGUGGAAGUGUAUGGUCAUUAAGGGAAAAAUUAGCAGGCCAGCACUUAUCAGUUUGAAGUGGUGUGUGUGCGCAUGUGCAUGUUUGUGUUUAUGAUGUAUGAGGUGCUUCUUUAUCUUACCCACACCCCACAGGCACACAUGCACACAUGCACAAAUAUAUUUAUAUAUAUUUACACACACACCCUGCUGGUUCAGAGGAUUUUCUUUUCACAAUUUGUGAAGCACAUAUUUUUUUUAAAUGAUUCAUUUACUGUGCUUUUUCCUUCCAUUCCUUUAUAAAGAGAACAAAAUAGAUUCUCGCAGCUUUCCCUACUAAGAGAACACUUUUCCUCGGGUUGUUUUCAUUUUUGUGGAACUUCUGAGGUUCUUGGUUCAAAAUCCUGCAGAGUAACAUUGUGUGUAAACAUUUUUACUGCCUCAUUGAUUUAGAGGUGAUGUGAACAGAUAAUGAAAAGAAAUUUUAAACUGUAUCAUAUUUGCAAUCUAAACAUUAGCAAUAAUUGUUAAAUGUGUCUGAGCAUGCUGCAAUGUUCAAAAGAGAAAUUUAAUUCCCAUUUCUGUCAGUAGAACACGCCGUCCGCAAUACUUUUUUUUAAUUUUAAUUCUUGUUUUGUAAUCUAUUGCACACAAAGUUGACUCUUUGGUUUAUUAUCUGGCGAUGGAAAAAAAAUUGCAAGCAUUUUGGAUGCAAAUUUCUCACGUACUAAUCUGCUUUGAGGCAAGCUAGAAUUAUUCUCACCCUUGAGCCUAAAGAGAAAUUAUAUCUUUGGAGAAAACUGACGCCAUUCAGAAGAUAAUAAUGAGAAACACAAUCUUCUCUGUGAGCUUUGUCCUUUGCCUAUCUGGUGCUAACUUCAUCCCGCAAGAUCCUAUGGCAGCUGCUGUUUGAAUGUUAGUGUGCCUGAGACCAUUUCUGAUAUCUUUCCAUCAAUGCAUUUCACUUGUUGUAGACUGCACACAAGAAAGAAAUAUUGCUCCUGAAGAUGCUUUUAAAUUUGGAUUACCAAAUCAAGGUAAGGCUAAUUGUGCUCCAACAGGGCUUUAAUUUGCAGAAAUUUCCAGUCUACCAGCUGAAUUAGUGGAGAAAUCUUGAUAGUGUGCAUAUGGUAUCAGAUAUUUUGUGUCACAGUUGCACUGAUUACCAAUGGAAUACAGUGUAUGUACACCAGCCUGGCAUGUCUGUCCCUUGCUAUUCAUAUCUAAUUGCAUUACUGUUUACUUUAAAAGGCAUGCAGCAUCCUCUGAAUCGGCUUCAGGGUUCUUUGCAUGACAUGUCCCAUGUGGAAGCUAUGUUCUCUGCCACUCCUGUGAAAAACAAGUUUACCCUGGUGCACAGUGUGAAGAGCUCAUUACGCUUUUAGGAGUUUAAACAGGUGGUACAGGUGAGGUGUGCAUACAGGAUAAACUGCCUUUCUUUGAUUGUGAUAUGUCAAGCAAAGAAUCCUCCUUAUGCACCCGAUUUCUCCCAAACUUUGACAUUGCUGUGAAUGUUGAGGUAUGCCCUGUACAGGAAAAAAAUGUUCUCUUAACGUGGUUGUGUCUUUUUCUCAUUUUGACCUGUCCAUGGAAACAGAGUAGCAAUAAAAUGACACAAAUCUUGAUGUUGUGGUGUUGCAUACAGUGCUGUCAUUGAUCAGCUCAUCUGUUCUCACCUUUCCCCUCCACAUCCUCUUCCCACUUUGCCUCCCUCAUCCCCUUCACUUAAGACAUAUAAAAUAAUCACAUUUAUUAUGCCGUUUGUGUCAAAAGUGAGGCCUGCAAUGUUACAGUAUCAUAAUGUACAAAUUUCAUUACUUCAUUUGGGAGAAUGACUGAGAUAUGCAGCUUCAGAUGUUGUCACAGAUAGACAAUAAGACAGAGGAAGAAGAAAAAUGAUUAUAUGUAAUAUAUUUUUGUAUACACUUGUUCCAUGAGUUAUUUUAGACUUGUAGACCAGGGCAUUUAUUGUGCUCUGCCUGAAAGCAGUUUUAUUUAAUGCCUGCGGUGGGAUUUUUGAUGAUGUGAAUGCUGCUUGAUUGGUUGGUAGAUCCAUUGACUUUGUCUUCCCAAUGGAGAAAAAAGCAAAAUGACAUUUAUCUUUCUUCAUUUCUCAGCUUUGUCUAUUGAACAUUCUUUUAUUUGUUUACACAGAUUCUUCACAAGCAGCACCAGCUGAUUGUCACAUAAUUAUUGCAAACAUAAAUGAACGUGUAUAAAUAUUUUAGCUGCAGCGGCAGUUGUUUCCCCCCACCCAUCCUCCAAAGGUGCAGGUAUGUGCACGUACUAUGGACGUUGACUAUGCUAGCAUACCAAACCUUUCAGUGUCUUCAAACAGGUUGUGAAAGUCGGUCCAGCCUUGACCUUUGAACCUUAUGACCAAUGCCUAGGGCUCUGUGGCCCACUUGCUGUAAUCUCUGAAGCAGUGUGAAUGUUGUAUCAUACAAAUGAUUAUGUCUAUUGUGGCAGGCAUGUACUUAUUAUAUACCUAUCAGAUGUUGGCACUUUUUAAAGUUGCAAGGAUUCCGCUAUAUUGGCAUGCAUGUAAUGUCUUUAUCCUCUAGUGAUCUUUUGGUAUCAGCUAUCACUGCUUUACCUGACUGAUGUGCUUCAGUGAUUGUGCUUUUUGACAAAAGUGUGGUCCCCUUCUUAUGACUUCAUCUCUUCCUUCCUCUCUUUUUCUGCCUGAUUACACACCACAGUCAGCCAAAAUAGUUUCAUGCACUGUUCUUUCUUCACAUCAUUCUAGAAGAAUCUAGAAAAGAAUUUGUCAAAGAAGCAGCAUAUCCUACCAGUUCCACAUUCGAUUCCUGUGCAAAAAAAGUUCAAUGCCAAAUAUUGUUGUACAUGUGUACGUGUACAAAGUCUACAUCUUAAUUUGCAUUUAUAGACUUCUCGUGUUUUGUAGAUGCUGCCUGGUUUCCCAGUGCUAGUCCCAAUUGUAUUCCCAACUAUUGUUUAAUUUGAACACACUCUUUUGUCUUUACUAUUACCUUAAUACCUUUUGCAUUUUAACAUCUCUGCCAAUGUGGACAAAAAUAGUAAAAGAAUGCCCAUUUAUAGACAUUUCAGUAUUCUAUGCCUCAUUAUAGCCUGACAGAAUAGCAAUAUUUAUUAAUAUUGGCUUCUUUAAGCUUUGGUUUGUCUCCAGAUUUCACAGAUAGGGAAACGCCUUUAUUAUGAAAGGCAAUCAUAUGUAUGUAGCUAUUUAGCAGCUUUUUACCUGAAUUAUAUGCAAAAUUUCAACAUAUUUUGCAGCAAAGAGUUUGGAAGUGUUUGUACAAGAUCAAACAUAAUUUGAACAAUAGCCAUUGGAUCCUGCAUUUUCAAAAUUUUUAGUUCUCUUAUAUUUGUGUAUUCCUGAACUUAUAUAAAUUAUUUAAAUACUUGUAAUGUUUAAAAUGUUCAAACCGUAUUCCUGUCACUUAACUAUAAUAUUUAAUCAGUUUUACUGAUGUAUGCUAAGACAUGAAAAUUCUACCACAUUGGUAGAACAAACAGUUUUUCUCAGAGCAAAAAUUGCUUGGUUGUAGUGUCUUUAUAUAUUAUAAACUAAGCAUCAUUUAUUUUAUUUUAGGCAUGAGGCUAGAAGACUUGAUGUUAUCAAAUGUGGUAAGUUCGGGUAAAAGGGAAGAGGGUUGUUAUCUAUAAGAAUGCCUUUCACAAGCAUUUGUUUCUAUAAUUGUAUUCAAGACUUUUCAAAGCAUAGAAGUAUUUGUUGUGUUUUAUAUGAAGAACCUGAUAUUAUUUUUGACUUGCAAGUAAUUGUCCCCACUUUUUUUGAAAUUUUACCAAUGAUUCACCAAUGUUAUAAAUAUUAAGUAACCUGUCUCCGGCCUUUGCCAUUUUGUGUAAUGUCUUUGAUUCAUGAAUUGUUGGCUCAAGCGUGGAAAAUUAGUCAAAGUGUAGUGUCACUGCCAAACAAAAAGUAUUCCUUGUUCAAGUUUUGCGUUGUUUUAAACAGUACACAUUUUGGUUUGCUCACGUUGUUUUCCUCGUUUUGUUGGGUGUGCUUCUUUCUUCCUUGCCAUUUUGAUCCUUGCCUGAAGGUUCAGCUUUUGGACCAAGGUAUUAAUCAAUUUAUUUUAUUGAGUGUAUGCACAGAGACACAUGUAUGCAGCAGUGCUUUGCUGCUCGAUUCUGUUCACUUCCCUACUACCCUGUUAUUUUGCCUGUUUAUGUGAAGCUGCUCUAAUGUGUGUAUUGGUGUGUUAAUGAGAAUGAAUCAGUAUUUGUGGCAUACAAAUAGAGAGAUUUUGUUUAUCUGAAAUACCAACAUAAGUUCAGAAGUAGCACUUAUUCUUGUUACUUGUUUAUUUGUUAAAGUGGCAUGUUUUGAGAUUCAUAAAUUUGUGCAAAGACCCAUGUGUGUUCAUUUAGAUUUUUGUCUUUUUAAAUUCUAGCCUCUAGUCCUUUUUUCAAAGCAGGUUAUUGUCAGCUCUUAAAACCAUUUACAGUAUUUUGCAAUUAUUUCAAAUAUAUGCUGUAUAAGGAUGCCAUCAAAUCAUCACAACUUUGAAAAAAGCACUUUUCAUGUUUCUAGACACAAAACUGUGUCAUUCUCACCCAAGAGGAAUUAGUCUGUGGGACUAAUUGCCACACAUAGAGUUUCAUCUAGUAAGAUUAAUUGUUUAGAAAUAGACUGGAAUUGGUUAUUUGCAGGCAUAAAAGCCAUAUAUUUAUGUUGACAAGUAGACACCACUGAACGCGUUUAUGUCCAACAAAAUAAUGAAAAAUAGAGCCAAGAAUGAAGGAACCAGUACUCUGGCAUCUCUUCCUUCACCACGCUGUUUUCUGCAGUACUUCUUAGAUGCACUUGAGGCAGGGGCUUUCUUGUAAUCAGAUAUUUUGAUAUGUGAACACUAGCCUCCCAGUUCAAGGCGAAAAGGCUUUAUUAUUAGUUAUUAUUAUUAUUGCUAGUUAGCAAGCAGUAGCACUACAUAAUUUCUCCAAAACUUCCCUUGUAUAAAUGGAUUGUAGUAUUUUAAAUGUUGGGUCUGCUGAUGGCUUCCGUUCUUGUUUACUGCUGAGGUUAUAUAGCUAAAGUUAAAACUGAUUUAUUUAUUCUGACUUCAUGACAUGUGCUUGUCAUCAGUAAUGGAAAAAGCAGUUUGAAAUCUGGGGAAUGGUUGGGAUUAAAUGUGCUGUCUAGAAAAGAAGUAGCCACCAUGGUUUGAAAGUACACAUGAACGUUGCUAUAGAGUAUAGAGUGUUAUUGCUAAUGCUGAGAUGGACAAGAGAUACAGAAUAAUCCACUUUUGUUGUCAGUGGGUACACAGGAGUAAAAGCCAUGUCUCAGAAUAAAUGUCAGAUACAUGAUAUAUUCAGUUGUAUAGAGUUUGCACUAUGAGGGCAGAUAAGUUCUUCCAGAAUCAUGUUAUGUUAGAUACAUUUUCACUGUGACACAGAAUGUUUGUUUUAGUCUGGCAAUAAAUGUUUUUAUCGUGAAGAUUUAUCUCCAGCAACUUGUUUCUGAAAAAAGCUGUCUUGUUUUUUUUUUUUUUUAAUUAUUAUUGUUAUUAAGAAAUAACUGCUGAACUUUUACUGAAAAGAUGAGUUUUUUGGGACUUAUUCUGCUGACAUCUUGUAGCAGCAAAAACCCUGAAACAAAAUCAAAGUAAACGUUUUAUGCCAUUACAGUCUAUCUAGCUUGAUUAAAACUGAGGCAACUGUUCAGACAGCAUUAGAACUUUUCCAAGCCAUACAUUUCAAAAUAGAGAGCGACCUUUGCUGAUUAAGUGUAUACAGACUGUCAACUUUAGGUUUUAUUCAGGUCAGAAACUUUCCAAAUAUCAGAUAUUAGUAUAUUCAAAUCACAAACCUUCCAUGAUCUAUGCAAACCACUAAAAGCAUUCUGAUUUAUUGUUGAAAUGUUUCACUGCGAAGUUGAAUAAAAAAAAUCCAGGGAGCUGAAACCAAAUAAUAUUUUGUUCUCUGCUGUUUGCUAAAAAUGGGGGUGUGGAUAGGGUGGCAGUGUGCACAGUUCCACUUCUCAGCUUCUUUAAGGGGAACUGAUAACCAUACCAUUCCUAAGCUGCAUCUGUUUGGGGUUGGUUAUAGAUAUAGGAGAGGUGUUGAAACUGCUUUUUGUCCAAACAAAUGAAGUAUAGUCAGAAAAGAUAUUCAGACUUAGUAAAAUGGUGUCAGACUGCUGUUGUAUUUAUGCUAAAAUUCUUGCAACUAAUGAAUGACCCAUCGCCCACCAUAGCUUUUACCAAAGACAUUUAAUAGCAGAGUUAAUUCUCAUUACAUGGUUGUCAUAUAAAUGUCAUUCUGCAUCCUGUUGUAUUGUGAGUCUGGUGUCACAAAAAAAGGCAAGAAAUAGUUCUAAGUCAGCCAUAAAAAGACAGGGUUUCACUCUGGUGAAACAGCUGUAUGAGCUAUGUUUCCAGCUGUAUGUUUUCUAUUAUGAAAAAAUAUGUUCUGGUUUUUUUUCUGUCAGCCAUAAAAGGAAAUCAUAAGGUUCUAUUAAUAAUCAGGAAGGAAAACACAUUUCAUCAUCUUUUUUUCUGGAACCUGCUCGAUAAUCGCAGUCUGCAAUGAAGGAAGUCAAUAUAAAGUGUGUCACACCCUACCCCCACCCAGAGCUACAAACAGAAGCAGAUUGUUUUGCCAUGAGUUGGUUAACACGUUUUUACCUGUUUAUGACAGCACUUGAUUGAUGCAGAAGAGAUGCACAGUGAUUAUUUAGUCCUGAUGUUUCUCACCGUGUGUUUGCCUUGUGGUAUGAUAAGUGUGUGCAUGUAUUGUCCAUGCAACCUUCGUAAGGUUUUUGCCACCAUUAUUUUUUUAAAGCAUACUUUCCUGAGCACAUAUCAUGGCUCCCUCUUUCCCCAGUGUUGUUUAACUCAUGCAUGAAGCAUGCAGGGGUUUCUCCAUGACAGAAUUUUGCUUGAAAAGCUUGCAGCCAUGUGUGAACAGCACUCAUGCUUUUAUUGUUAUUUGUUAUUUAUUUUGUAUUCUAUCAAUUUGUGCUUGUCACACACGGUAUGGGGGAAAUCUUGGUAACAUAUUUGCCUGUCACAUCUGAUCAAAGCCAUGUCUGGUUGUUAGCAGCAGAGCUGGAUCAAAUCCUUCUCUUUCUGGAGCCUUUAACAAUAUUGUCUGUGUCUAGAGGUGGUGAUCCGGUAAACUUUCAUUAGUAAAGGGCAUCACUUGCAGCUUCCUUUCAAAGGUUUCUCACCAUUCAUAUCCAGAUGUGUAUACCUUAGGGUUUUCAUUAUAGCAAUUGUAUUUUUUCCUUGCAUUUACAGAGAAAAAAAUGUUUAACUGUCAUAGAAAGAGUCCACUAAGUGGUUUAUCACCCAUUUUUUUGCGCAAAAAUAUGUAAUUUAGGGGAUUCUUUUUUUUUUUUGCUUUAUUUUUGUAAGUCAUUUUUAUACAACUGCUUAAUUGUGCCUGGUCAUUAAGCAAGUUAUACACAACCAUUCCACACCGAAGCUACACCCUAGUUCAAGAUCUUUUAAUGGCACAUUCUUGUGUAUGACCUAAAGACACUUUUGUGUGACAGGAUAUCCAGAUUUGACCAUUUCAGAGAACAAACUAAUCAUUGGCCUAGUAGGUGCAGGUCUUCCGGUGACAAAUUCAAACCUUUUACAAAUGCUGUGUGUGUGGUUUUGCAUGUGUGCGAGGAAGCAUGUCCAUGUGUGCGUGCAAGAUUCCAUUGUUUGAGAAGCAAAACUCAAAUACCCUACUUAUAUUUUAAAGGAGGAGUGUGUCUAAACAAAACAAAACCACCUAAAAAUAUUAGUGUUUCCUUUUCUGGUGUUGCUGCCACUUCAGACCUACUUAUUUGUCUUCAUUUUACUAAAUGUUUGUAAAUCCAAACAAUGCAAAUCCCACCAUUUUCAAGAUCAUAUUUAGCACCAAAAAAAUUAAAAGGGUAUUUUUAACGACUGUUUUCUUUUCUUGUAAUUAUUGGUGAAGUUGAUUUGUAUUUAAUGUUAAACUAUUUUUGUUUGACUUUCUGUAAAGUUAUGAUUAAGUUUUUGUGUAGAAGAGGUUGGCAGAAAUAGUGUACAUAUCAUAUAUUGUGACUUCCGGCCUUGGCUGCCUACAUAUUAGUUGUGCUUUGAUGUCCCAUGUCGUUGAGUAUCUCUAUUGUUUGUGUGUGUGUAGAGGUGCGCAUUUCCGUACCCAUCUAGCUGUUUGUAGACCUAUAGUAAAAUAAAAAGCAAAUCUUGAAAUGAC